AUGGAUGAAUCAAUCAUAUCUGAUUAUCAAGUAGAGAAUCUUAUCAAAUUUUGUCCUACUAAACAAGAAAUGGAGCUUCUCAUGAAUUAUAGAGGCGACAGGGAGAUGCUGCACAAAUGUGAACAGUUCUUCAUGGAGCUCAUGAAGGUGCCACGUGUUGGAUCAAAAUUACGAGGUUGUCUUUCUAAAAUUCAAUUUGACAUCCAGCUGUCUGAUGUUAAGAAGAGUUUAAACACUGUAAAUUCUGCAUGUCACAAUUUUGAGGAUACAUUAAAUCAAGGAACUACAAAAUUUUCUGCAGUUGGUUUCAAGUUAGAAAGUCUUUUGAAACCACCACCACCACCACCUCCACCAUCUCCACCACUUUAUGAUGCAUGCAGACCUCCACACUCACCUACUCCUCCAGGACCACCACCACCACCCCCACCCUCUCCACAUCCUUCUUCGAAGCCGUCUCUACCUCCCCCACAUCUGUUCCUAGGACCACCAGCUCCUCCACCACCACAACGGCGUCCACCACUUCCAUGUAAAGGCUGUGCAUCUGUACCACCACCACCACCACCACCAUCUACACACCCUCCUGAAACGGCUGCAGCACCUCAAAGAUCUAUGUUAAUGCCACUCCGUUGGGACAACCUAUUCAGGGCUUCACAAGGUUCCUUGUGGGAAGAAUUGCAAUCACGUGGAGACCUCCGAAGGAGUGCAGUAGAAAUUGAUAUGUCAGAACUUGAGGCAAUGUUUUCUCUCCCACCCAUAAACCCAAAGAAAGAUACUUUUAAAGCUGAAAAACUCCAAUUGCUACAGGCUGCAGCUUUAGCUAUAGAUGAAUCAAUCUUUGAAGCUGAUCAAAUACAAAAUCUUAUCAAAUUUUGUCCUACUAAACAAGAAAUGGAGCUUCUCAAGAAUUAUACAGGUGACAAGGAUCUGCUGGAGAAAUGUAAUCAGUUCUUGCUAAAGCUCAUGAAGGUGCCACAUGUGGGAUCAAAAUUACGAGUUUUUCGAUUAAAAGUUCAAUUUGACAACCAGCUUUCUGAGUUUAAGAAGAGUUUAAACACUGUAAAUUCUGCAUGUAAUGAGAUCAAGACUUCAGUAAAAUUGAAGGAGAUUGUGAAAAGAAUUAUGUAUUUAGGGAAUACAUUAAAUCAAGAAACUGCAGGAGUUGGUUUCAGGAUAGACAGUCUUUUAAAACUCUCAGAUACAAUCUCUUCAAACAACAAAAUCACUCUAAUGCAUUACAUCUGCAAGGUUCUUGCCUCCAAAUCACCUUCCCUUAUAGAUUUCCAUUUGGAUCUUGUUAGUCUUGAGUCUGCAAAUAAGAUACAAUUUAAGUCAUUAACAGAAGAAAUGAAUGCCAUUUGUAAGGAACUGGAAAGGUUUAAAAAGGAAACAUCUGCAUCUGCAAAUGAUGUCCCUGUCUUUGAAGUUUUUCAUAAGAAAGUGAAUGAGAUCAUCAGCUUUGCUGAAUCAGAAGUGGCAUCUGUAACAAAUUUGUUCUAUGAUGUGGGUGGAAAUGCUAAUGAAAUGGCUUUAUAUAUUAGUGAAGCAUUUGGUGAAGACACUGCUUGUUCUUUUGAACAAGAAAGACAGAAGAACACAUGCAAUAUAAACUUCAAGAACAUUACGAUUAUAGAGAGGCUUGUGAAGUUUGUGAGGGUGUUUAGAGAAGCUCAUGAAGAAAACUGUAAACAGGCUGAACUAGAAAAGAUAAAAGCUCAAAAAGAGAUUGAAAUAGAGAAAGCAAUGGGUUUUAACUUAACAAAAAAAUCUUCUCUUUUUUGUUCUCCAUAGCCACAAAGUCAAAGGGUGUUGACUGAAUAACCACCUGAAAAGGGGAAAUUGAUGUGGAGCAUGAUUUGGACUUACAGACAACUAGAUUGGAAGAUGGAGAGUAACCAGAGCUGAAAAACACAUGUGGAAGUUGGAAGCUACUUGGAAUGAAGAUAAGAGGAUUGAAACGCGAAAAAGAUCCAUUACAUGACCAUGAUUCACUUUCGAGCAUCCAUGAGGGAUUUUUGAAGCUUAAAAACAACAAAAGAAGAUCAUGACUCCAUUACAUGACGUGUUUUGCACCCGAAGCCUUAAUAGGAUUUCAUUCCAUGCGACUUUCAAGACGAAUUUCUAGCGCUUUAUGGCGAUUUUCGAGUUCUAAGUACCAUGAUUUGAUGUAUUCCUGUUUUUGAUAUGUUUUUAGCCAGCUCUGACUUAAAAUCUUAGACUUCCGUCU